UUACAAAUACGAUAUACUCUAUAUACCCACCAUCAUCUCCAUUGUUCUCAUCAGUUCUCUCUGUCCACCUUCACUCCUCUAAUCGCUCACACGCAUCAACCACCCUUCUCUCUAACGCUCCCUCCAGAACCACACUCUCUGCUCUCAAAAUGGCCACUGGAAGUGUGCAAGAAGUUCUUCCACCUGCUCUUGAUUCUACUUCAGACCCACCUGCAAUCUUCGAUGGGACGACAAGGCUGUACAUUUCCUACAUAUGCCCAUAUGCCCAACGUGCGUGGAUUACCCGAAACUGUAAGGGAUUGCAGGAGAAGAUAAAAUUGGUUCCUAUUGAUCUGCAAAACAGGCCAACUUGGUACAAGGAGAAAGUUUACCCGCAGAACAAGGUGCCAUCUUUGGAACACAAUAAUGAAGUCAAGGGAGAGAGUCUUGAUUUAGUUAAAUAUAUUGACAGUAACUUUCAAGGCCCUUCCCUCUUCCCCAAUGAUCCUGCCAAGAGACAAUUUGGAGACGAGUUACUGUCGUACACAGACUCAUUCAAUAAAGGAGUGAUUACUUCAUUCAAGGCAGAUGGAAUGAAUGAUGCUGAUGCUUCAUUUGAUUACAUUGAAACCGCGCUCUCCAAAUUUGAUGAUGGACCCUUUUUACUCGGCCAGUUUAGUAUUGUGGAUAUAGCAUAUGCUCCUUUUAUUGAAAGAUUUCAACCUUUCUUGUUGGAUGUAAAGAAUUAUGAUAUCACAGCAGGCAGGCCAAAACUGGCAGCAUGGAUUGAGGAGCUGAACAAAAAUGAGGCUUACAAACAAACCAAAGGGGAUCCAAAAGACCACGUUGAAAACUACAAGAAACGUUUCUUGGCUCAGCUCUGAACUCUUUCAGUUCAGUCGCAAAGUAUAUAAUUCAAGAACUGGCUGUGUUAUGUGAAGUGAGGUAGUGAUGGUUCUGCAGACUACUAGUUUGAUGUAUUGGUCAGAUCUUGCCAUAGAAGUUAGAAUGAUGAGCAUAAUCUAAUAUCAAUAAAGCAAACUUAUGUUAUAUGAUGAGAGUAUAUCAUAAUAUCAAUAAGCAAACUCAUGUUAUAUGGUGAGAAUAUUAUAAUGUCAAUAAGCAUACUUGUUCUCAAAUUGGGUGAUUGUUAAUUACAAAUGCGCAGACUCUUGCUUUA